ACAGUUAAAAAAACAGCACACCCGCGCACAUCUUGGGGCACCAGAUACAAGUAAACCACUGUGUACUUUUUUUUUUUUUUUCCCAAAAGUCGCAGGUUUACAAAAGACGCGUUGGAAUCCCAAAACGCGCAUCACAUCAAGCAGCGUCCUCGCCAUGACAAACGGCCCGCAUCCCUGAGUAAUCCACGGCUGUUUAUUUUUAGACGCUCCCGGCCGCUGCGUGCUGCUCUCGUUCCUCCUCCGGUCAAUAAUUCAUACGCUGUCGGCCUGCUGUGGAGUCACAGAGCAGUUUUCUCAUUGACAUGGGCGCAGAGGGCGGACCAGCGAUGCAGUCCAAAACUUUGAAGGUGCAAAACACCCAGCCGGACGGCCCCCAACAAGAUACCACCAAGAGGUAGGAUCAAGUGUAUUUUUUCAAAUUUUGCAUCACUCUCAACGUUGGUAUGUGGUCUCAGAGGGCAGAAUAUUGAAUGUUAUGAAUCUGCAAAAAUGAGCGUAGUUUAUCUUCUUUUCCUCUGCUGUGAGCUUGUUUGUCCUCAGUCCCUCGUUUGUCCCAUGGAGGUUAAAAAACUACUGCUGUGUUAACAAAUGUGUUUAAAGCUGCCUCUCUGUUUCCCAGAGAAGCAUGUUAGCUCUCAGAGAGUCACAGCUCAGGUCCUCAAGUUCCUCCCUCCAAACUGCGACCAAAAGCCAAGAUGUUUACAUACAAUAAAAACUUAAUGCUUUUUCUGCUUGAUUAGAAUGAUACUAUGAUCAAAUGAUAAAUCCUGCAUCAUGACUGUGUUUCAGGCCGUUGCCACCAGAAGUCCAACAGCCAUCUAUGCAGCCCAAACACCAGGGGAGGACCAGCACUGCUCCACAAAAUUGUGCAUGCUGGGCAAACAAGGCAAAGGACUACGUAACUACGUACCAGAGUAAGCAAUUUCAAGAUCAGUAAUUAAAUGUACAACAAUACAAUGCAGAGUGUGAUCCAGAUCCACUCACUGCCUGUUAUUUUUAGACGACUUCAGGGUGUGGAAAAUAAACAGACGUCAGCCUUGUAGGCCCUGUGACUACCUGAAAGUCAGCCAGGGAUUAUCUGUCAAGAGCAAUGUUCCCAAAAGAGGCACCUUCCGCAGAAAAGUUGCUCAAGUCCCUGUCAACCCCAAGAAAGACCCAGAGGUGAAAGAGCCACCUCGGUUUGAAAGCAACACCACCUACAGGGUUGAGUACGUCGCCCAUGGAGUGCAGCCCAGGACACGCACAAAGAAACCUGCGUAUCAAUCCAACAACAUUCGGCCAACAAAGACAAAUGUGGGCUCAGAUGUAAACCAGACACUUUUGGACAAUCCCAGUGACCUCUUUGAGCAAUUCAAGUCCUGGUAUAUUAAGUCAAAGUCCUCUGGCCGAGGCAAAACCAAAGACUCCACUCCAACUGAAGAUCAAGCCACAUGUCUGAGCACGACAGUUCAGAACUUUGAGAAAAGCACCGAGCCCUUUGAUGCUACCACAACCAUGAAGGACAGUUACAAAGUUUGGAACGUGCCAAGGCGCCUCCCAAUCUCUCUGAAGAAAUCCGGCUUCUCUUUGCGCCAUGAGCCUUUUAGGACUCCCUGUAACUGCAUCUGUAACUCCACCUGUAAUGUCACUCAGCAACAACAAUCUCCUGCUGAAAAAGGAGUCACUUCUGCCCUCGAAUGCAUCGCCAAGGGGAAGGAAGAAUCCAAGACAUUGGACGGGGCCGCCAAGGUGAACGGAGGAGUGACUCAGGCCGACAGUAAGGUGUGUGAGGAGCCCAGCAAGUAAUUGGUUGCAUGGUUUCUAGUAAACUUAAAAGUUCACUAGAAACCCGUCUGAUGACGACACAUGGUGCUGCCGCUUUACCUCAGGUAGUUUCUGCCUUUAACACCAAUAAAAGCCAUAAAUGAUGCAGAGAUUAUGUAACAGCUGCUAUUUUUAUUCUUCAAGCUUUUCACUGAUGCUUUGCAGUACGGCUCAUUUUGAAUGUUAUGCAAUCUAUUAAUUGAAGGGGGUUUAUAUUCAGCAUAAGAAGUUUAUUUUUUUUUAAGGGUAGAUGGCUAAAAAUGAUCUUUCAAAACAUCAUCAAAUACAUCAGUGAAUAGUGAGCAUAUGGAACAGUUUUUUUUAUCUGUAUCUUGACUUUGGAGAGACUUAAAACCCUGGAUUUUGCCUUUUUACAGUGUCCUUACACAGUUGUAAUUUCCAUCCUUUUCCAUACCCUACCUUUUAGAAUUAUUUUUGGAAAUACCUACUUUUCUAUUUUAGACAACAACAUUUUUUUCUACUGUGGUAAUAGUCUGGAAACCUAAAUAUUGUUCCAUACCAAACUUGGAAAUUGAUCAAAUUACUGCCAUACUUUUCCAUACUUGUGUAGGAACCCUGUUUUUAGUUGGUAAUGCCAUCAUGUAGGUUAAUAUUUUUUAAUAAUUCAUCCUCUCUCGAGAUUGACUGUUAAAAAUGACAAAAGAUGAAGAACACUGUAGUAUCACAUAAUGAUACUUUAUUAAAAUACAAAAAAAAUGGCAACUUUCUCAAAGUGAAAUGCCCAGAUUUAUCUUAAUUGGGAAAAGUUUCAAAUUAGCAUAUUUACAUCUUUGAAAGAAUAUUUUUCUUCUAUCAAUUUUAAAAUAAAAACAUUGUCAGAAUUAAAAAAUGCAAAGCAGAUUUCCAUGUUACCUUGGGGACUCCAGUGCAAACAUAAAAAUAAAGGGGAAGGGGGGAAAAUUGUGAGUUUACACCUGCCAAAUUUCAAUUCGGAUCCCCUCUGGCUAUAAACAUAUGAACAAAAGCUGUCCCUGUUAAACUACAUCAUGUCAAAUCCACUUCACUCAGAAUGUUCAGAUGUCUCAGAAGUGGUCAGUCUUCUUGGAAACGGAUGUGCUUAUGAGCCUCUUUGGCCCGGGCGAUGAUGAUUUUUUCUGCUUUGGAUAUGAGCUGUGGUACGGCAAGAAGAAAAGAAACUGAAUGUGAGACCCAGUUAACAAACGGCUCCAGCUGAACUAUGGGCAUAUGCUGAUCUACAACUGCGACAAUUGUGCGCACGGAUCUACAAAUCUGCAUUCAGAAACAUAGAUGUUUAUAGAAAUCCAGAAUUGUUUUCCUAAACCUACUAAAUGUAUUCACAUUUUUAGCUGCAGACAGUCAUUGAUGGAUUAAAAGCUCCAGAAUUUUUGUUGUUUCGUAACAGUUUUGCCAUAAUUACGACGAUCUGAUAUGGGUUUGUUUGCCCUAAAUUCAGGUUCAAAGGCUCAUCUUGUUUCACUUUUGUCAGCUCAACCUCACCAGUCACUUGUUGGGAUUAAUUGAUGGGAUCAUAUUAACAAACCAACUCUCAGUCUAGAGAGUUUAUUAGCUUGAUAGUAGAUAGUGGUGCAGUUUCCAUUAUUCUAGAUAUUCACAACAAGCCUGUGAACCUGAGCUCAGGACCUGUGAAACUGCACCUGAAUGCAACUGUGGAUCCAUUUUUGCAUUUGUAAAUAGUUUUGCAGCAGUACUGGCUCAGUAUACUGUGUGCGGAUUCUUAAAUUAGUCUACACCCUCAAAUGGACUGGAUUAAAGACAAACUACUUGUGGGAUAUGCAAACUAAACUUCAAUCCCAAAUGUGUGUAUUUUUGUACUAUGCCAAAUGUCUGAUAAGGACUGUUCAAAACAUCUUAUUAAAAGUGUAUUGUUUACAAAGUUAA